CAUGGGCCCCCGUGGAGACACCGGACCUGCAGGCCCACCAGGCCCCCCGGGUCCCCCUGCCGAGCUGCAUGGGCUGCGCCGGCGCCGGCGCUUCGUCCCAGUCCCACUCCCAGUCGUGGAGGGCGGCCUGGAGGAGGUGCUGGCUUCGCUCACAUCGCUGAGCUUGGAGCUGGAGCAGCUGCGGCGUCCUCCUGGCACUGCGGAGCGCCCGGGCCUCGUGUGCCACGAGCUGCACCGCAACCACCCGCACCUGCCUGAUGGGGAAUACUGGAUUGACCCCAACCAGGGCUGCGCGCGGGACUCGUUCAGGGUUUUUUGCAACUUCACGGCGGGAGGAGAGACCUGCCUCUAUCCUGACAAGAAGUUCGAGAUCGUGAAAUUGGCCUCCUGGUCCAAGGAAAAGCCUGGAGGCUGGUAUAGCACAUUCCGUCGAGGGAAGAAGUUCUCCUACGUGGACGCCGACGGGUCCCCAGUGAAUGUCGUGCAGCUAAACUUCCUGAAACUGCUGAGUGCCACAGCUCGCCAGAACCUCACCUACUCCUGCCAGAAUGCGGCUGCCUGGCUGGACGAAGCCACGGGUGACCACAGCCGCUCCGUCCGCUUCCUUGGCACCAAUGGAGAGGAGCUGUCCUUCAACCAGACCACAGCAGCCACCGUCAGCGUCCCCCAGGAUGGCUGCCGGCUCCGGAAAGGACAGACGAAGACCCUUUUCGAAUUCAGCUCCUCUCGAGCGGGAUUUCUGCCCCUGUGGGAUGUGGCGGCCACUGACUUUGGCCAGACGAACCAGAAGUUUGGGUUUGAACUGGGCCCCGUCUGCUUCAGCAGCUGAGAGUGUCCGGGGUGGGAGGGACCGUGAGGGAGCCCCAGAAUGGGGUGCCUUUGGUGCUGAGGCCUUGAAGCCACCGUAUUUAUCGUUACCUGUGACUCUGGAGCCAAUGGGAUGUGACUUCGCUCAUCACGGUCAGUCAUUCCUUCUCCUUUCCAGGGCGCUGGGGGCUGGGCUUCCCUGGCCCAAGGGUCCAGCCUCCUCCCACCCCAUUCCAGGUGGCAUACUGCAGUCUGGCUCUUUCUCCCCUCCCUCCCCCCCCAAGCGUCACCUCCCCACCUCUUGAACCCCCAUGCAAUGAGCUUCUAACUCAGAGCUGAUGAACAAAAGCCUCCCCAUUCCCCAACGCCUGCCUCCUCACUCCUCCGUCGCUGCCCUUCACACCUUUUGGUGCUACCCUUCCCCAGAGUUAAGCACUGGAUGUCUCCUGAUCCCAGGCUGGGACCCCCACCCCCUUUGAUCCUUUCCACUUCCACGGUGAAAGGACUAAAGUCAGACUACAGAGGGAAGUGGGACUUCCCUUGACUGAGCUGUAUGUUUCUUCUCCUGCCUCAGCCCAGCUCUGCAAAUCCCCUCCCCCUGCCCCCCACCUCCCCAGGCUCACUUUGCCAUGCCAGGUGAAUCGGGGACCAAGAUGGUGGGGGGGAAUCAGGAUCCUAAUGGUGCUGCCCUAUUUAUACCUGGGUCUGUAUUAAAAGGGAAAAUCCCCCCUGUUGUAGAUUUCAUCUGCUUCCUCCUUAGGGAAGGCUGGGAUAUGAUGAGAGAUUCCAGCCCAAGCCCGGCCCCCCCACCGCCAGGCCAUAGGGCAUAAUUUGCAUCUCACAUCUGAGAAUAAACUGAUGAACUGUG